UUCAGUUUAGUACGAGACGUGCCAGACGCAGGAACAAAUGCUGUUGUCGGUUCUUUAACGUGCUCGGGCAGCGGUUAACGGGUCUACUGUGUGUGAAUGUGACGCGUGUGAUGACAAGAACAAAAACAAAUACAGGGCAGACGACAAGACUUGUUCAUCAUUUCGCUUUUGAAAGAAUCGACCAGCAGCAGCAGCCGCCGCCGCCGCCAAGAACAACGUUUUGACAACAACUUUCUAUUUUGCUUAAUUAUGCUUUCGUUUUCAUUUGCAUUCCUGUCUAUCGCAUCAAUGUGUUAACGUAGUUUCGGUUUUCGGCUUGCACAAAUGCCAAUGUGUUGUGACUUUUGUGAGUUCCAGUACAAAGUUAACGCCUUGUUUUCUAAAAGUUUCCAUAAUACAAAAAGAUACAACGUGUAGUAAAUUUACAUUCCCAUAGUGCCGCGUAGUUUGCUCCCUCUUCGUUUCGUUCGCUGCGUAUUUUGGUUUGUUGUUUCUUUUCGUAAGCGGCAUUUCUCUGUUUGGCAUCCACUUUCACGCAAAUUAGAAUUAUAACACAAACAUGGAAGAGGUUGAUGUCUAUAAAUUUGGUGUGACCGAUUACAUCGUGUUUCUGGGCAUGAUCUUACUGUCCACAGGCACGGGCAUUUACUUUGGCUGUUUAAAAAAAGAUAAGAAAUCUCUGGAGGAAGUGGAGCCCACGCUGCCCACUACAGGUACAGAAACUCGUAAACAUGAUUUUGGUUCCAAAAAGAUGAGCGAGUAUUUGUUGGGCUCGCGUAAUCUGAAAGUUUUUCCCGUUGCCAUGAGUCUAAUAGCCAGUUAUAUAUCGGGCGUUACAAUACUUGGCACAACAUCUGAGAUAUAUAAUUAUGGCACACAGUACUGGUUUAUAGCCAUUGCCAUUAUACUACAGGGCUUUGCUGUUUCCUAUGUUUAUAUACCAGUAUUUGCGGCAUUACGUGUCGGUUCAUCAUAUGAGUAUCUGGAAAUGCGUUUUCAUUCGGUUAUACGCAGUAUAGCAUCGUUUAUGUUUAUUUUGGAUGAGAUACUCUUUCUACCGUUUAUUGUCUAUGUGCCAGCUAUAGCUUUAAAUCAAGUAUCUGGUCUCAAUUUGCAUUUGAUUGCUGCUGUUAUUGUCAUCGUCUGUGUUUUCUAUACCUUUGUGGGUGGCAUUAAGGCUGUGGUGCAUACGGACGCCUGGCAGACACUGGUGAUGUUUCUGUCUGUCAUAGCAGUGGCUGCUUUGGGCACAUAUUAUGCCAAUGGGCUGGACAGUUUGUUUGACGAUGCGGCUCAAGGUGGUCGCUUGAUAUUUACGAAUAUAAAUCCGUCGCCAUAUGUGCGUCAUACCGUUUGGAGUGUGCUCAUCGGUGGCUUUUCCUACUGGACAUCUUUUAAUGCUGUCAAUCAGACGAUGGUGCAACGUUACAUGUCGCUGCCGUCGCUCAAGAAGGCGCGCGCCUCCAUGGCCAUCUUCACCAUAGGCGUGGCUGCUUUUGUUAGCGUCUGCUGCUUUGUGGGCAUGCUCAUCUAUGAAAAGUACAAGGACUGCGAUCCUUUAAGUGCGGGCAUGAUUAAUCACGACGAUCAGCUAUUGCCGCUGUAUGUGGUGCAGAGUGUGGGACACAUACAUGGCAUGGCUGGACUCUUCAUAGCGGGCAUAUUUGGCGCUGCGCUCAGCUCGCUCUCUGUGGUGCUGAACUCCACAUCGCUGGUCAUCCUAGAGGACAUUGUGCGUGGCUGUUUUAAGAUGCAGCCGAGUGAACGCGCAUCCACCAUACUGGUGAAAUCUACAGUUAUAGUACUUGGCGGAGUUGCCUUAUCGCUGGUGCUGGUGCUGGAAAAGCUAAGUGGCAUUCUGAGCAUCUGCACAUCUAUGACUGCAAUUGCAGCGGGCACAACCUUUGGGCUAUUCACGCUGGGCAUGCUAGUGCCUUGGGCUAAUAAUAUUGGCACCGCCAUUGGUGGCAUUGCAAGCGCCCUGCUCUCCGGCUGGAUAUCGUUCGGCACACAGUUUGCCAUUGCCGCUGGCGAGCUCAACUCACAGAAGCUGGAUGUGUCAGUGGAGGGCUGUGCAGCGAAUGUAACGCAAGCUGAGAAUGUUUGGGUAGAUGAGGAGCAGGUGUUUCCAUUGUAUCGUCUAUCAUAUCACUGGAUAAAUCCCAUUGGCGUGGCCACAGUUAUUGUGGUGGGCAGCAUUGUUUCGCUGCUGACCAAACCCACCGAUAUAAAAACACUGGAUCCAGAUCUAAUAUCACCAGUCUUACAUCGUUUUCUGCCCAAGGAGUGCUUUGCACGCAAUCAUCCUGCACAGGCGCAAGUUAACUUAAUAGAACGCACAUGAAUGUUAUGUAAAUAGCUUAGUAUAACUCAGACAAUAGUUUAGUUUAAGCUGCAGUUCCAAUUCGUUUGGAUUUAAGGCGCACAUAUGUAACGAAGUACAGGAAUUUAUGAAUCUUCAAACAAUAAUUUUAGAGAUUUGGCAAUGUGCAAAGAGAACAAAGUGUAUAAAAUGUUAUAAAUUUUAUUGUAUAUAGAAGCAUAACCAAACAACAAACUGUU